CCAGUGCGGUGCCUAUGGCUAUGCAGCCGCAGCUCAGCUGCAGUGCAGUGCAGUGAAGUAGUCACGCAGAACGGGUACAACUCAGCUCCACUAACUAGUAAUCAAUUCAACGCUAUCCCUAGUAGGCCUAUACUAUAGCACUAGAUAUGGAAGGAGCAGGAGAAGUGGAGAGGGUGACAUUCCUGACAGAUAUAAUGGAAAUAGAGCGUCUAUCUAAGCGAUUGAAAGAAGGAUGGGAAGUCAGAUCACACACGGUUGGCACAGAUGCUGUCCCUUAUCUGAUAAAAAGGAACGUCAUGCGUCAGCUGCCGAUAUCACUUGAAGCUGCGGAUGGAGAUUCUCAUGGAAGUGGAUCAGAUGGAUCCAUAUUGUGCAAUGUCACAGAUUCAAGACAUGAUGCGUGCCAGCUGGAGGAACUCGAUGUUCCUGUGACAGGAGCACCAUCAGUUGAAGGGCACCGCAUUGAGAGUUGCCAAUUUGAGUAUCACAUCAUUCACAGUGCAAGCUACAAUGUUCCAGUUCUCUACUUUACAGCAUGCAAAUCAGAUGGAAAGCUGCUUACCUUGGAGGAGGUGUGGAGGCAAGUACCAGGGUCGUAUCAAGAGAGGUUGAGGCAUCAGAGAUGGACAUUUAUCACACAGCAGGAGCAUCCUCUACUCGGGAGGCCCUUCUUUCAGCUCCACCCUUGUCGAACAGCAGAUCUGAUGAAGUCUGUUGCACCCAUCAGUAAAGGGAACUAUGUGGUGACGUGGCUGAGUUCUGUCGGGCCUGUGGUGGGUCUAGAAUUACCUCUUGCUUUCGCCAAUCUCUGCCAAGCAAGGUGAGACAGCCUGCAGCUUUAUACACGUAAACCAUCGACAGCGAACACGUGGACCAACUUCUGGACCAACUGUGGCUCUAAGGUAGGUUUUCCAUGGUUCAGUUGUGGACCAUCUACUGCUGAAAUGAACAAAGUUCCGACCUGGUUCAGCUAAAAUUUGGACCAACGGGAACUGAAAGAUGGAUCAUCUACAUUUUGAAUAUGGAAUACCUACAGCUCCAGUGAAGACUGUGUUUAGGGCCAUCUUUAGCUGAAUUGUGGACCAUCUUCAGGACCAUCUGAAGUUGAAGUGUGAACUAUUUGCAGCU